AUGAAAUCUGAUCCAAAUACUCGGAAGUCGAACGCUCUGUGUGAAUUUCACCAAGAGCGGGGUCACAAAACUGAAGACUGCAUAGGUCUGCGACAGGAGGUAGUGAGAAUGGUGAACCAGGGACACCUGAGAGAACUAAUGAGCGACCAAGGACGAGCCAACUUUGCUCACGGACGCGAACAACCCCAGGGACCUCCAAAGCCCCCUUCUCCCGCUCACACCAUCCAAAUGAUCAUCGGUGGAGGCGACGGGGCAGCAAUCAACCAUGUGAAAUUCACCACUACACACAAACUUAUGCGGCCGAUCACUCACGAACGGUAUGAUGACCUCGAAGAUAGUAUCGUCUUCGAUAAGUUAGAUACUGACGAUACUGAUGUGAAAACAAUAAUGGUGGACGAUGGAAACGGCGCGUGUAUUAUCCAUCCUCGAGUCCUCGUACAGAUGAGGCUCGAGGAUCAGAUAAUACCGCAUUGUAUAACAUCCUAG